UCUCCGUUUGCCAAGUUACUUGACUAACGAUAAAGUCAAAAUUUGUUUUCCAUUUUCGUAUGAAAGUUCAGAGUUAACCGAUUUGCGGUAGAACAGAAGUUACUAAUAUUUACAGUUUUUUUUCCCUAAUGAUCGUAAUUGAUGAGUCGAUUUGUGACUUUGACAUCAGCUGGUAAAGUUAAAAGACUUCCAGAUUCCAGAAAUGGAAGCACAGCGCACUCGAUCUCCGAUGAGUUCACGCAGAUCCCUGGAGGAUUUAUCUCGAAAUCCUAAUACGAUGAAGACCAAAGCAAGUCCGAGCGACGUGCCUACCCCUCCCGAUCAUUAUGCACCACCUGUUCUCCAAGGAAUCCACCCUAUUCUCCAGUGGGUCCUCUAUCUCUCCAAACGCUUCCUUCAAGUUCCUCCUAUCGUGAAGGCUUCGUUCUACUUCGGUUUAGUUAUCAUCUGCUCCUCUUUGUCUUACUACCUGGAUCCGUAUCGCGGAUUUUACUUCUUCCGUAAAGAAAGCUUCCUAAACCAGUGGUUCGUCAAACUGAGCUGGGGUUGGACAUUCUACUUGCUGCUGGCGUUUUUCGCCUUGGCUGGUUAUCUGGAGAGCGAUGGGCGGAUAAAAAAGAUCAAGCGGAAUGUGGCCCGUCUCCUGGUGGGCACGGCCACGUGGUACUUCGUUACGACGGUCUUCGUGCGAAUCGAGCAUCACACGGCGCGCUGCAGUGUGAUGGAUUACCAUUCACGAAAAGAAUGCGAAGCUGCUGGACAGACGUGGUCGUAUUUCGAUAUCUCCGGACAUGCGUUUCUUUUAAUCUACUGCAGUUUAUUGAUUCUGGAGGAGUCGAGGGCGUUUUUCAAGUGGGAGAAGGCGGAUCGGCUGGAUACUGACGAAGAUGCGGGGAAAUUUGAUCAGGAGAUCAAACCGCGCGUUCUGUUGGUGAUGCGCGUGUUAGCGGUGGCAUUGGCGAUGCUGGCCAUGCUAUGGGACGGGAUGUUGGUGAUUACGCUGAUCUAUUAUCACAGUUUUAUUCAGCGCUUUAUGGGAGUGUUUUUCGGUGUCGCCGGAUGGUUCCUGACGUAUAAAGUGUGGUAUCCGAAUUACUGGCCCGGAUUGCCGGAGGAUGUCUCGCCUUUGUUGACCGCGCAGAGCUCAUGAUUAAUUGUUUAUUGUUUAACGGUUCUAAUUCGGCAUUGCUUUACUCUGCUGUCGAUUUGUUUUGUGCAAAAAGUCGACUAAUUGUUCACAUGACUCACAGCAUAGCAUUUUUAAACUGAAUGAACCUGCUCGUUAGAUUUUUGAAUUUUGACGUUAUAACACCACAGAGGGCAACGUUGGCGAUCAGAUAAGCUUUGCAUCUGAUAAAGGUUACUUUU